ACAAGCACAAAUCUUUUUAUUUUUUGGAGCAUGACAAAUCAAAAGAGAUGAAGGUGACGUGUCCAUCUGCCGUUGCCAAGAGCACCAUGCAUAAAUACACACAUGAUUGGUGAUUCGGCCAGCAUUGGCGACACCACCGGCAUAGCAGUAGCACGCUAGGAUGGAGGAUCACUUGGACUCCGACCAGAAGGUCUCCAACAAGGCGGACGACGAGGCGGCGGCGGUGAAGCCGACGAGGAGCUUCCGCUACGAGGACUACAGCACCAGGCGGGUCUUCCUGCGGAGCUACCCGCUCCAGUGGGAGUGGUCGCCCGUGCCGGACGACGACGAGAAGCACGGUCUCGGCGGCGCCACCGACGCCACGGUGGGGAGCGGCGAUGACAAGUGCGGCGGCGCCAGGGGGUGCAAGAGGAUGCAGCUGGUGGAGCUCGUGGUGGAGUGGGGCGAGGACAAGCUCCUGCUGCUCCGCAGAGCCAAGAAGCGCCUGGCGCUCUACCUGGUCGGCUGCCACUACCGCCGCCGCCCGGCGCUGCCGUUCAGGUCCGGCGGUGGCUCGGGCUCCUGCACCCCCGCCAUGCUCACGUCUAGGUGAUCGAUGCCAUGACUUGCUCAGCAUGCCGCGGUCGAUCAAUGGAUUCAUCGACGUAUGUUCUUGGCAGUAUUUGCUUUGCUUUGCUCUCUCAAUAGAAAUAGGAAUAUACCUACAUGCUAGCAAACAGUUGAUUACCAUAGGUAAUAUGUAAUAUAGAAUCAUGUGCUGGAGGCUGUGGCCGCGUGUUCAUGUACAUUUUUCCGUGAAAGUUAGAGGCAUUGCAGAAAGUUAUAGAUCCCAGGGACCAGGGUAUUCUGGGAAGGAUUUUU